UAAUUUAUACGUAAUACAAAUUUGUAUUUAAAUAUACCGCUAAAUUAUCGAUAGCCCAUCGACCGACAUUCUAUCGAUUUAAAUAUUCAAACAGCUGAUCAAUACAAGAAUAAUAAUAGCCAUAAUAAACAAAUAUUGGGAAAAUAUUGAAACUCUGAAGAAUGAGCUUCUCGGAAAACACUUCAGAUUCAGACUGGAAAGCAGCCAGGGUGAAAGUGGAAAGGACCAUCAAACAAUCUGCCAAGCGGGAUAAGGGCAAGGAGAAGCGGGCCCCGUCCGGCUCUGCGAAACCCAAGUACCACCAGAAAUUCUGCGAUAAGUGGCUGAAGAUCUUCGAACCCUGGCUCCGACGAGCGGCCGAGGAUCCCAACAAGCCCUUCUGUCGUGCCUGCCAGUGCAGCAUGGACUGCAAUCGGUGCCACUUGGUCAGACAUGAGCGAACCACCAAGCACCAGCGCAACCUGGAGUCGCUGUUAGCUAAUGGAGAGAAAGUAGUGCGCCGGGAGCUGCAGGUGCGGCAACAGCGUAGCAAGUACUACCAUCAGCGCAAGAUGUCCAUUCAGACGAACCGACAGGAAGAGGAACUACCGCCGGAGGAAACUCCGGAUACAGAAGCACCAUCCGCACCGCCUGCAGAUUUUCAGCCCUUGAUAAAUAUUGUAGCCGACUGCUCCUCCUCCAGAGACCUGACUGCCACGACGAAGCAAGAAACGGUGCCCAAGAAAGAGCUUCUUUCGGAGACGGAGCCAUCCAUGAUGGCAGAUGCUGCAAUCAGUAUAGCAAGGCGCAAUGAGUCUACUGCUUCCAACCAGGAAGGAGUCAAGCUGCUCAUGCAGAUCCACCAGGACAAGAACGAGCUGAUGGAGUCCUUCCGCGAGCUAAUGGGCAGCCAAUCAACAGUGCAUCUCCCGCCGCCUCCGAAAGAGAAGAACCAUGUGGACCUGUUCUUCGAGAGCGUCAGUUCCAGUGUAAAGGCCUUGUCCCCAAAGCUAAUAGCGGAGGCCAAGAUGCGGGUUUCCCAGCUCAUUUGCGAGCUGGAGCUGCGCGGCCUAAAAGAACAGUCCGACAGAAGAGCCAGCGCCAAGACACACUACGGGCCAUCGGCCGCCAGGACAUGUCCUAACGCAGCAGUCGCGUUUUAGUGGCGUCAGUUGAGGUCAAGGAUUAAAAUUAUAAUAUUAUAUUAG